AUGCCACAGGUAGCGCCCCAGGCAGCGCCCAAAGCGAAGAAUGCGCCCAGUGCUGCACCCAAGCCCGCGAAAACGAACGCUGCCAAAGACGAUGCUGCAUCCAAGCCCAAAGCAAAGAAGCCGAACACCAAGGGCGCAAAGGACUGGACCAUCUCGUCCGCCCAGGGCGGCUGGUUCCUGCCUCGCGACCCUGUCUUCUCGGUCGAUGAGAAGUUCGUCAUUCUUGCUACGCAAAAGGCGCUCGAGGUCUACGUUGCCGAGACGUCGCUUCUGGCGUACAAGCUCCCGGUGAGCGGCGCUGGAGAGGUCACCGCAUACGCUCUUUCUGCCACCGACUCGAACCGAGUCUACGUCGCAGAAUCGACCGGACUGAUCACACUGUGGAAUUGGGUGUCGAGGCAGAAGAUUGGCCGUUGGGACAUCGGCGCAACGGUGCGCAACAUGGCGGUCAUUACACACUCUGACGAAGAUCUCGUCUACUGCCAUGAGCCGGGCAAGAGCCACAUCGUCAACGUACACGCCCUGCGGACAGGCGCACAAGCUUCGACCACCGAACUCAAGCCGAUCUUGAAGACUAGCCUAAACAUUCUGGACAUCCAGGUGCUGCUGGAGGGCAAGUUUGUCGUUGUGGCCUGUGGCGACUCGCUGAUGGUAGGCAAGCGCCAGAAGCAGAGCAAGACAGCUGUGCAGGACUUCGAGUACGUCUGGCGCGAGCUAAAGUUCGCCCAACGCCUCACGACAUUCAAUGCAUAUGUUCGCGAUCCAGCUGAGGUGACUGGCAGGGCUGCAAAAUCCACUCAGGAUCAGAGGGACAUCGUUGACAUUGCCAUCGGCGACGUGUCUGGCGUGAUACUUUUGUUCGAGGACAUCCUGGCAAGCUUCGCUGCUAUUGAAAGCGUUCAGAAGGGUGGAAAGACCAAGGCAGACAAUGCUGAGAGUCUGAGGCCGAAGAGGCUGCAUUGGCACAGGGAUGCGAUUGGAUCGGUGAAGUGGUCGUUAGAUGGCAACUAUGUCAUCUCCGGUGGCGACGAGACUGUCAUGACGAUCUGGCAACUCGCCACUGGGAAACCACAGCACCUGCCGCAUCUUACGGCAGCGAUCGAGAGCAUAGUAGUCUCGCCAUCAGGCUCUUCAUACGGAGUCACGCUGGCAAACAACUCCGUCGUUGUGCUUUCGACUACUGAGCUCGAAGCUAAGACUAACAUUGUCGGAGUUCAAUCUCGCCGGAUUGAGAUCGAACAGCUGCCAAAGAACGCUGAUGCAGAGUCGCCACCCGCUUCCUACGAGAUCUUCCGACCGGUUCCCUUGACCAUCAACCCCAUGAACCCGGCAGAGGUCAUGUUCUCCGUGCCCUCGUCCCAGCCGCGUUACCGAAACGAUGGUCUCCGCGCCGAGCCUUAUUUGCAGACAUACGAUCUCGCAAACCAGCACACAUCCUCAAAGCAGGCUCUGACUCGAAAUAACGCAACCGAUCCCAACCUGACACCUGAAGGCCAGCGAAUCCUCGAACCUACAGUUACCCUAGCGCAAGUGAGCCAUGAUGGCGAGUGGCUUGCCACGGUUGACGAGUGGACACCGCCUCAAGCUGAUACAUCGUACUUGGAUGAGGGUAUUCCUGAGUUCAAGGAAGAGGAGCGCAUCCAUCGCCGUGAGGUCUACCUAAAGAUCUGGAAAAGGGAUGCACAGCUCGGGCAAUGGAAACUUGAGACCAGGUUGGACGCCCCGCACUUUUUCCAGGACAUUUCUGCAAACGGUAAGGUGUUCGAUUUGAUCGCAGAUCCUACCGCACCAGGGUUCGCUACAGUCGGAGAGGACCACUUCGUCCGAGUGUGGAGACCGAAGACAAGACUGCGAGAUGGUUUGGUCGUACGCGGAGCUGAGCAGCAGGGUCUUGUGACAUGGUCGCUCGAUUGCUCUGUCGAGAUCAGCGAUAAGCUGGAUGUCCUUGAUGCGGGCGCAAGUGCCCAGCAGGUUCUGCCGCUUCGAAAUUCGCGCUUGGCCUUCUCUGCUGAUGGAUCAGUCAUUGCUGCGGCUAUCUCUUGGGCUUCUGAUGAAGACCCUGGAGUUGUACACUUGAUCGAUGCGAGCACCACUGCCAUUCAGCGAUCCUUGACGGAGAUCGAUGUCGUUGCCUUGAGCGGUCUCGCGAUCCUUGAUCGUCAUUUGAUCAUUGUCGGCGACUCCAUCACAGUCUGGGAUAUGGUACGAGAUCAGUUGGUCUACUGCGUACCUGUCAACACUCCCGGUAUUGAUCGAUUUGACCGUGUGCCUCUUGUCAAGCUGGCUGCGAACGAGACCGACAGCACAUUUGCCGUGUCCCUCCCCCGAUUUGAAAACAGCAACGCCCGCUUCCAAAGAGCUUCAUCGACCACGCAAGUCUAUAAGCCUCAGCACGCAGGAGCGCUGUGGUCGACAAAAAACUCCUCUAUCAAUCUUGCUCUUGCAUCUCGGCAAAGCGAGAGGGGUUAUGUCACCCUUGACUCAGCAGCUAACAUUCGUGUCAUCAGCCCCACUUCUCAUGGUACAGCGCAUCUGCCAACACCUCCACCGGAAGACGUCCCGCAGCAGAUUUCAUAUACCCAGGCAGAUGAUACCAUGGAUGUCGAAGACGAUGAUAUUCUGGCCCUGCCGAAUAUCGAUGAUGUUCUCAACAGCGAAGACAGCGAUGCAGUUGUGGUCAAGUCGGAGCAGCUGCAACAGCUGUUUGAAGAGAGCGGUCAGAGUAAUGCGACAGGCUCGCUGAGUGCACUGCUCAGUGCUGUCAUUGCAUUACACCAACAGCCAACAUCUCUGCCUUUAAGAUAG